UUUCGACCAGAGGCGGAUGAGGCCACGUGAUCACAAUUCCCCCCACCCCUCCCAACUCUGCUACUUCAGAGACCCUACUUGAGCUUCCCCCCCAACGACGCUUCCCUCUAAAGAAUGGGGGAAAGAGCAGAGAACCCAGCGGGCGGAACGGAAAGAGCGAGGUCAUGUGUCCUACUCGGACACUAUCGGGGCUGCCCGCAUCCUGUCGAAACAGGGAGCCCCGGUCCCGUAUGGCCCGGACAUUGUUGCCAGGGACCGUUUCCGGUCGGACGCUCUCACUGGGUUCCCUAGGAUGCGGGCGCGUCGGGCCAAGCACGGGGUGGAGCAUCAUGGCGACAGCGGUUAUUAUCCUGAGGCCUUUGCGCCGAGGCGCCGCCUGGGCGGGGAAGCGGCUCCUGUCGGAGGCUGGAGGCCUGAGACGCGGCUGGUGGCGGCAGGCGCAGGUGGGAGAGGUGGAGAUCGAGCCCCGCGUGGGAGACGCACUCUGGGGACCCUUUCCCGCCCCUCUCCGCCGAGACAGUCAUAGGCCAGCGCCCCAGCCGGGCCGCUGCCCCAGCCUGUCACCCCCGCCGGAGAGAGACCGUCUUUGCCGGACGGAGAUUCUUCCAGGGGCCCGUCUCCCUGCCAUUGAAGCCUCCUGUCCACCGCCCCGGUCUUUCCCCUGCAGGAGCCCCGCCCCCACCCCUUCCCGGUGUAAACCUGCGGCCCGCGGGGUUGGGCGCACUCGGGCCUCGCACCCUCUCGCAUCCCCCUGCCUGGGUGGAGGGGGUCGGGCCGCGCUGCCAUUGAGCCCUGUCCAGUCGCUGUUCUAGAAUGUGCAGGUCAGGUGAAGCCCUAUUAGCGACAGGGCUGAAGACAAACACUAACCUGCCCCAGGUAUCCCUUUCCUCAAACACUGCUAACUGCAGCACUGCAACAUGUCAGGACGCCUGCUGCCCAGACGUUGCCCUUACUAGCAUCAGCCCGAAACACAGCUAUGGAGCUCAUGGCUAAACAGUGCCUGAUGUGACCCACUUCUUAGAUGCCUUCUGUCCAUACAGACAAUCCCAAACAGGUGUUUGGAAAAUUAACUCUUUUCAGAAGAGGGCUUGCACUCUCAGCAGUGUCUUAUUUGAGUUAUGAAGCUUACCACUCUAUUUCUCACUCUGCUGUGGUUCAUGCUAGCAUCAAAGUUGAGGAAAUCAUAGAGCAAGCAGACUACCUGUAUGGGAGUGGAGAAACUGAAAAGCUCUAUCAAUUGCUGACCCAGCACAAAAACAGUGAGGAUGCGGAGAUACUAUGGCGUCUAGCACGGGCCUCACGUGAUCUAGCCCAACUCAGUAGCACCUCUGCAGAGGAGAAAAAGCAACUGGUUUAUGAAGCUCUUGAAUAUGCAAAGAAGGCACUGGAGAAAAAUGAGUCAAAUUUUGCAGUACACAAGUGGUAUGCAAUCUGCAUCAGUGAUGUUGGAGAUUAUGAAGGAAUCAAGACUAAAAUUGCAAAUGCGUAUGUUAUCAAAGAACACUUCCAGAAAGCCAUUGAACUGAAUCCUAAAGAUGCUACCUCAAUUCACCUUAUGGGCAUUUGGUGUUACGCAUUUGCUGAAAUGCCAUGGUACCAAAGCAAAAUAGCGGCAAUGCUAUUUGCAACACCACCAACCUCCACCUAUGAAGAGGCCCUAAGUUACUUUCACAAGGCUGAAGAAGCUGAUCCAAACUUCUACAGCAAAAACUUGCUGCUUUUGGGGAAGACAUACUUGAAGUUAAAAAACAAAAAGAUGGCCCUCUUGUGGCUAACAAAAACCAGGGAUUAUCCGGCACAUACAGAGGAGGAUAAACAGGUACAAAAAGAAGCUGUGGAAUUACUCAAUUCUAUAUGACAAGAACUAAACUAUUAAGAAGAAACUACAUUAAAUGUGACUAAAGCACAGGACAAAAUACCCAGCGCUUGUUCUACUGUGGCUGUUAUUAAAAUUGAACUUAAUGUCACCUUACCACUGUAUAUCUUUACUAAAAAGCUGUUUUCAACUACUAGAUACAUAUGAUGUAAACUGUAGAAGAAUGUAAUUUCUAUAAAAAGAUAUACUGAACAGCAAGAAACUGUUCUCAAACUGUGCUCUGCAGAAUGACUCAUUGUUCUCAGAAUAUAGUGGGGAAAUUUCAUUUAAUAUUUGGCUAGGUGCUGCAUGGACAGACAUAGAUGUUAUCUCUGCUGAUGCAUGUGGGCACACAGGCCUAAGAAAACCUACAGUAUAUGAAGUAUGGAAGAGAAACAAUCAGAUAUAAAAUGUGUAUAAAAUUGAGUAAAUACUAAUUUUCCCACAGCUCUGUCAUCAUAUGGUAGCUUACUGUCCGUGGCCCUCUCAAAGUGAGGGGAGGGAAGAAACUAAUAGCCUUACAUGCAUCAGGAAGGACAUUUCUAGGCAUGGUGUGGAAGAAAGCAUUAAGCAUGAGCCUCUCAUGACCUUGGUGCUUGCGAGGAGGAAGGAGCUGGAAGAAGCACAAUGAUGAAGAGGCAAAAAUGGAUAAUGAAGAGAACAGAAUUGUGAAGGGCUUUGAGAAUGGUCCACUGAAUAAAAGAACUGGAGAAGCACUGACAAAAGCUUGUACAUGUCUCAGGGGGACCUUAGAUUUAACCUAUUUGAUUAUGUUCCCCACUGUACACCUCCGCUUUUGCGCAUCAUGCCCAUCCAGUACAAAAACCCUGGUUUUGACUCAAAAUUCAGUGUAUCAUAUGUUUAGUUUUUUUGUACUAAAAAAAAAUAUGACUAA